GGCGGGCGGAGCGGGGCGGGCAUGGAGGAGGCGCAGCGGCGGGCCCUGCGGCGCGGCAGGGCCCGGCUGGUGGCGGCGCUGCGGGUCGCGCCGCUCUGGGGCCCGCUGCGGGAGCGCGGCCUGUUCACCCGGCACAUGCUGGAGGACGUGCAGAGCGCUGGCAGCCGAGGAGAGCAAGCCCGGCAGCUGGUCAUCGACCUGGAGACCCGAGGGAAGCGGGCUUUCCCUGUGUUCCUCUCUAUCCUGCGGGACACAGGGCAGGGAGACCUUGCGGACAUGCUGGCUGAGGAGUGUGGAUGCCCGUCGGCACCACCACAGCUGGUAGACCUGAGGCCUGUCGAGCUGGAGUUACCUGGGGAAGAACAUCAUGAAAAUGUGAACCUUCCAGAACGUUUGUCCAUCCCAGUGCAAGCAGAGAGUGAAAGACCUCGGGUGCCUCCUGUGCCAGUCCGGGGUUCGGCUGUUGACAAGUGGAACCGGGAUCUGGUUUACCAGCUGCGAGCGGAUCCGUGCGGGCGCUGCCUGAUCCUCAACAACAUCAACUUCGCUGCAGACUCGGGUCUGUGCACUCGCCGCGGCUCCGACGUGGACUGUGAGAAGCUGGAGAAGCGCUUCAGGGCCUUGAGCUUCGACGUCCUGACUCAGAGGGACCUGGAAGCUCAGGACAUGGUUUCAGAGCUGCAGAAGCUGGCUCGGCGGGACCACAGCGCCCUGGACUGCUGCAUUGUGGUCAUCCUUUCCCACGGCUGCCAGACAAGCCAUAUUCAGUUUCCCGGCGGCGUUUACGGAACAGAUGGAAAACCCAUUCCAAUAGAAAAGAUUGUGAACUAUUUCAAUGGGUCCAAUUGCCCGAGUUUGAGAGGAAAACCCAAACUCUUCUUCAUCCAGGCCUGUGGUGGAGAGCAAAGAGAUCGAGGCUUUGUAGUGGAUUCCAGUUCGCCUGGAGACGAAGCUCCCAGAGGUUCUGUGGAGUCGGAUGCGACUCCUUUCCAGGCUCCAUCAGGGAACGUGGACGAGUCAGAUGCUGUAGCCAGUUUGCCCACUCCCAGUGACAUCUUGGUCUCCUACUCAACUUUUCCAGGUUUUGUCUCCUGGAGGGAGGUGUCGAGUGGCUCGUGGUAUGUGGAAACACUGGACAGUGUGCUGGAUCAAUAUGCCCCUUCAGAAGACCUGCUGAACAUGUUACUGCGGGUGGCCAACGCUGUGUCUGCCAAGGGGAAGUACAAGCAGAUCCCAGGCUGUUUCAACUUCCUCCGUAAAAAAUUCUUCUUCAAGUGCAAAUGACGCUCCGAGGAUCCUGCCAAGCUCCAGAGCUACUUCCCCCGCAGCCAGAGGAAACCUGCUCCCACCAGGACUCUGCAUCCGUGCUCACGGUGCCUUUCCUCUGUCUAUCGAAAUGUUCAUCUUGAGAAAUGCCACCUGUGAAUGCUGUGAAACAGGGAUGAGAUGGAGACUGGCACCGUGCCGAUGGGAAGGGGUAAGGAUGGAGCAGGAAGCCCCUUUGCCAAGGCACGUGCUGGCCUAGAGCCUCUGUGCUCGCAGAGGAGAGCAGCUCCAGCUCGCUGCAAUGUGCUCGUGCUCAGCCUCAGGGUAUUCUGUUUGGUGACUGCCACACUUGUGGCCUUCUCUGCCUGGAAAACCAACUGAUGGGAUCAAAGUCUGUCAAGUGGCAUGGAAUGAUUUUUGUGAUCGAUAUUUUUAAUAAAACACAAUGGGAAAGGCAAGAAAA